GUGUCAUCUUCGAGUUGCUUCUACAACUGUUGCCGCCGAUCCAGGUGAGUUAUUGGAAGAUAAUUUGAGCCUGUCGCCUGUAACUGUAUCGAUGGAUGCAAGCGUUAUUUUUUCGAGUCUUGAUUCUUUCUUCACCUUGUACUCAGUUUCGCAAGGAAAAACGAAAGUUUUCUGUCAUGAUGAUCUUUUUGUUUUUUCAUAACCAUAUAAAUGCUUUUUUGAGUUUCUCACAUAAAAGUUGAAGUUUGUGCAUCUUUUCGUCAAUAGUGCCCAGGUCUUGCCUUUUCAAAAGCGGUGUACUAUCUCAUUUCUCGAAGUUGAAGUUGUGGGGACGUGAAAAAUGAGGCCUACAUUUUUUGAGGGGAGCAGGAGAGCAAAAGCGUCGGGAGUGCUCCUUGGGGUCUGGUGGAGCACUGUACAGGAACUGAUAUCUUCGAUUCACACGCCCCAGACGCCCUCGGUAUUUGUCACGGCCAAGAUUCGCAAAAAGGACGUCCAGGCGGUGCUGUGCCAAGUGUGCGAAUUAGCUGUUGAAACAGCAUUCAACGAAGAAGUAAAAGAAGAACAAAUCGAGGAAUUGUGCGAGCCAAAAGAAAAGCACGGAAGGUAGGUUCAACAUGAAAAUACGUUGAAAGUAUCCCUUCGUUCUUAGUCCAUUACUCAUUUUUCGUGCUGAGCCCCCCCUGUCCACAUUCCACGUCCUCCGCGGUGGACGGGCGCCCGCGCCUCGAAAAUAUUUUCUAAUUUUUAUAUGACAGCUACGUCGAGGAUUCAGUCUUUACAGCCCAGCCGUGAGCGGGAGCAACUACUUUCCUCCCAGCAAGAGCAACGGUUCAUGUCCUACUAUAUUUUUUUGCGAAAAUAAUAAAACCGAACGCACGCUUCACAGGUGGUUGUCGCAACUGGAUCUCAUCAACGCUCCUUCGGGGGAAAUCGAGGUGCAGAAUAUGCAGAAACCAGGGGAGUGCCGGCAGGAGUGCUCCUUGGCAGCCCGUGCGUGCCGACUCUCCGCAUUGGAUGACUCCGAUACGUUGCUGCACGCCCUGCGCAAGGAGGAGGACGUUGCUGAGGACGUCAGUACUGCGGUGCUUCUCAAAAAAGCGAAGAAAAAAGUGUGCAAGAAGAAGUGCGAUGCCAACAAAAACAAAAGGAAGGCUUUUCGCGAAGAUGACGAAGAGUUCGUGGAGGUCGAUCCGAAGGUGGCAGAAAUGCAAGAUAUGAUGAAGGACAUGAAAGCAAAAACAGGUUUUUAUCGAUAGUUGCAGUGGCUGAAGGAAUUUUUUCUCUUCUUGGUACCUACUGGCCUCAGACAGCCUCUUUAUCUUUGGGGCUCAGACUGGCCUCAGACAGCCCCUGCGGCACAGAUUUGCAUGCUUUUUUCUUGUAUCCCACAACUAAAAAGAAAAGAAAAGCGUCCAGUUGUUGUUUGUCCACCAAAACCAAACAGGCAUGGGGAUGCAGAUGUAUAGCCGGGAUGACUUUGCCAAGAUGAGCGAAGGCGACAUGGAGGCUAUGGCUGCCCGAGAACAGCUGGCGCAAGAUCGCUACGAGGCUCGGCAUAUGGCUGGCGAGCUACCAGACCAGGAAUUGUGAUCCACCUAUGCAAUUUAAGUAUUGCAUUCCUGUAAGCAGCCCUUGAAGGACCCAUUUAUUGGUCGCGGAGGAUCGAGCGGUAUAUUGACAUGUACAUGAAAAAAUUUAAUGAAGACGUUCGAACGAGCGACAACGAAAAGCAAAAGACCGAAGAGCCCAAUUAUACUAAGUGUUUGGAUGAAUCCUAUGAAAUCUAGCGAACGCAUGGAUAAUCAGCUAAUACGCGGUCCGUCACGACUUCUCCCUGGAGCAGCGACUGCCACUGCUCGUCGCAACUAAGACUAACAUUAAUACACG